CCGUGUGCGGGGGGUGCCCCGAUCAAGAGACAGCAUGGCUGCGACUGCUGCCGUCAGCCCCAGUGAAUACCUGCAGCCGGCCGCCUCCACUGCCCAGGACUCCCAGCCGUCUCCUCUUGCCCUCCUCGCAGCGACAUGUAGCAAAAUCGGUCCCCCCGCAGUGGAAGCCGCCGUGACUCCUCCUGCCCCUCCUCAGCCAACGCCUCGCAAACUCGUCCCCAUCAAACCUGCUCCGCUCCCUCUGGGCUCCGGUAAGAACAGUUUUGGGAUCCUGUCGUCGAAAGGGAACCUCUUCCAGAUCCAGGGCUCUCAGGUCGGCACCUCCUACCCUGGGGGGCAACUGGUUUUUGCCAUUCAGAACCCCACUGUCAUCAACAAGGGCACCCGCUCGUCUGCCAACAUCCAGUACCAGGCGGUGCCCCAGAUCCAGGCCACGGGGGGACAGACCAUCCAGGUCCAGCCCAACCUCACCAACCAGAUCCAGAUUAUUCCGGGCACGAAUCAAGCAAUCCUCACCCCUUCCUCUUCCUCUCACAAGCCUGUGCCCAUCAAACCGGCUCCGGCACAGAAGGGUGGAGCGUCACCGGUGCAGGGCACGAGCAACGUGGUCAAGUUAGCCGGCGGCAGCAACGUGACUCUUACCCUACCCGUGAACAACCUGGUGAACGCCGCUGAGCCGGGCACACAGGCUCAGAUCCUUGCAGAGAGCCCCUCGAAGCCCAGCAAAAAGACUCGAAAGAAAGCCAUGUCACCUGCCCAGCCCGCCGCCAUGGCCGUGGCCGAGCAGGUGGAGACGGUGUUAAUAGAGACCACGGCGGAGAACAUCAUCCAGGCGGGCAACAACCUGCUCAUCGUGCAGAGCCCAGGCUCCGGCCAGCCGGCUGUGGUGCAGCAGGUACAGGUGGUGCAGCCCAAGCAGGAGUCGCAGGUGGUGCAGAUCCCGCAGCAGGCCCUGCGCGUGGUCCAGGCUGCCUCCGCCACGCUCCCCACCGUCCCCCAAAAAUCCUCCCAGAACUUCCAGAUCCAGACGACGGAACCCACUCCUACCCAGGUCUACUUCAAAACGCCGUCGGGUGAGCUGCAGACAGUGCUGCUCCAGGAAGCCCCAGCCAUGACGGUGGCCCCAUCUGGGACCUCUUGCAGCAGCCCCGUGUCCCGCAGUUCCGGCACGGGGGGCAGCAGCAAGAAACCAGCCACGCGCAAGGAACGCACUCUGCCAAAGAUCGCCCCCGCCGGAGGCAUCAUCAGCUUGAACGCAGCUCAGCUGGCAGCCGCGGCGCAGGCCAUGCAGACCAUCAACAUCAACGGCGUGCAAGUCCAGGGCGUGCCUGUCACCAUCACCAACACCGGAGGCCAGCAGCAGCUGACUGUGCAGAACAUGUCCGGCAACAACCUGACCAUCAGCGGCCUGAGCCCGACCCAGAUCCAGCUCCAGAUGGAGCAAGCGCUGUCCGGAGAGAUUCAGCCGGGGGAAAAGAGGCGGCGGAUGGCGUGUACCUGCCCCAACUGCAAGGACGGGGAGAAGAGGCCGGGGGACCCAGGGAAGAAGAAGCACAUCUGCCACAUCCCCGAGUGCGGGAGGACCUUCCGGAAGACCUCGCUGCUGCGCGCUCACGUGCGCUUGCACACGGGCGAGCGCCCCUUUGUCUGCAACUGGGUCUUCUGCGGGAAGCGCUUCACACGCAGCGACGAGCUGCAGCGGCACGCUCGCACGCACACAGGUGACAAACGAUUCGAGUGCGCGCAGUGCCAGAAACGCUUCAUGCGGAGCGAUCACCUGACGAAGCACUAUAAAACCCACCUGGUCACCAAGAACUUGUAGGGCCGGGAGCUGCCCCACGGCUCCCUGGCUGCGCGGACAGACCCUGCGAGGGCACCAGCCUGCGACG